UAGAAACCAUGGAGUUUGCCAAGCGUUACUUUGUGCGCCGUCGAAAUCUGUGGAGCAGUGAGUUCAAGAAUCCCAAGGCUUUGUACGAAAGUGGCUGCGAAUCGGUGAUGAGUUUGGCCUACGUUUGCGGUUCUGAAGUCUUAAGGCCAAACUACACGCGGAAGAAUCGCCGGUUGGCCAUAUUGUUCGCUGACUUUAUCUUGUAUUUGAUGUUAAGUUUUUGGUGCACGACCGUGUUUUGGGGCCGGUUGAAUGACGUUAUCUUCUGUUUUGUCACUAUUGGAGGAGCCAUUCAGGCUUUUGCUAAAAUCAGCAGUUACACUGGAAAAGGAUUGUACGACCUUCAUUUGAGAAAUCUGGAAAACUUCAAAAAUGAUCGCAACUAUGAUGAAGUUCAGGAAAUAAUGAUGAACGUUGCAACGAUUUGUAAGCUCUCAGUAACCGUUUUUAAGAUAAUCUUCUCAGGAAUGGUCGGAUUAGUCAUGUUCUACUCGAUUGGAGGAUCGAUAAUGGGGGAACACUACGUGCUGCCAUUUGGAUAUUACUUUCCGUUCAUUGAUCCAGACACCCUCGUUGGAUUUGUAGUAAAUUUCUCAUAUCAAUUAACGUUUAUAAUUUACGCCUAUUGUGGGUUACAAGCCUCGGAUUUAGUUUUCUUAUAUUUAAUCAUGCAUGCGAUUGGAGCAACGGAAACCAUUAUAAUCUAUUUGAGAAAACUCAAUCAUCUCAUCAGUUCCAACGGUGCAUCAUCCUGUCUCGAUCUGCUGCACGAUAUUAUCGAGAAACAUAUCAAACUCACGGAGUACUCAAAAGACAUGAACGACCUACUGAAGAUGGGAAUUUUCAUAAACUUUGGAAGUUUGGUUGCUCAAACUGUGUUUUCUUGUUUCGUGCUUGCAACGGCCGAAGAAAUCUGGUACACUGGACUAGCGAUCGUUGUUCUGAGCACCGUGCAGCUCUUCACCGCCUGUCUGCUGGGAACACUGCUGUCGAGCAAGAAUGACCAACUGAUUCGCGAGAUCUACGACAUAUCCUGGAACAACCUGCCGAUCGAAGCCCAGAAGAGCCUCCAGCUGCUGCUCCACUCGGCCCAGCAACCGAUGGUGCUGUCUGAUGGAUUCAAUGCUGUCGAUUUGUUCUACUUUGUGACGAUCUACAAGCAAAUUUACUCGUUUGUGGCGAUGCUGCUGAACUUCAACUAAAUGACGAAUGGGACGUCCCGCCAGGAUGGAGGCUGAAAUUAUUUCACACGUCACCAGAUAUUGUAAUAAAUAUGGAUAGUCAAGAAGCAUAAUAAGGCGUUGAUAUCUUGCAAGACGGAUGAUUAUGACUGGAUGAGGAAGUUUGCGGAGAAGGACAUAGAAGGAUGAGAUGUGUUAAGAAUUCUUUGGAUGUCAUUUCUGGAAGUGCGCGUUGGAGCAUGAUUUUGCAAAAUACCUAGGGGAAAUUAAAAUUGUGAUGGAAUGUGCGGUGUUGGUCGUUUUUUGAAGUAGAAUUUCUUUUCGAUUACUGCACCCACAGUUGUUAAAAAGCACCCAGUAGUUGAGUUGAGUUGAGAAGAUGGUACAAGUUUCCAUCCAAUCCCUUAGAUCACACAGAAUGUAAUUUCAAUGUAAAUUUUCACUACAACCACCCCCGGGAAAUGUUGAGGGGGUGGGGGCGGAGAAUUAUUCAUCAAAUAAAACUAUUCACGCAGUUUUCUUCU